UUAUAACUGUAUUGCGCAUGCGCAGUUCAAAUUUCAAAAUGGCCGCCAGACUGUUGAGGCUGUCAACAAGUGUUAAUUCUUCCUUUCUUAGGUCCUCCAGUAUCCUAAGAAGAGAAUCAGUUGCAAAAGAGAUCAAAAGAGUCAAUUACUUGCACACUACGGGAGCUCUGGGAGGAGGAGGGAACCAGCUAUUCGUCCACAGGCACACAGCAGACAACAAUCCAGACACUCCCUUUGAAUUCACUCCAGAGACCCUGAAAAGGAUAGAAGGGAUUGUUGCCAUAUAUCCAGAGGGUCACAAGGCAGCUGCCGUCAUACCAGUCCUAGAUCUAGCCCAGAGGCAGCACGGCUGGCUCCCAAUAUCAGCAAUGAACAAGGUAGCUGAGCUUCUGGACAUGGCUCCAAUGAGAGUUUACGAAGUUGCAACCUUUUACACAAUGUUCAACCGCUCACCAGUCGGGAAAUAUCACGUGCUAAUAUGCACGACAACCCCUUGCAUGCUCUGUGGCUCUGAUAACAUUCUUGAGACUAUAACCAAUAAACUGGGCAUCAAGGUGGGUGAGACAACACCAGAUGGGCUCUUCACUCUUAACGAGGUCGAGUGUCUUGGAGCCUGUGUCAAUGCACCAAUGCUUCAGAUCAAUGAUGACUAUUACGAGGACUUGAAACCAAAUGAUAUUGUCGAGAUCCUUGAUGACCUGAAGGCCGGGCGGACACCUCGUCCAGGCCCAAGGAGCGGGAGGUUUUCUUGUGAGCCUCAUGGCGGACUUACUAGCUUGACAGAGCCUCCCUAUGGACCAGAGUUUGGUGUUAGAUCUGAUUUGUAGAAUUAUUGUUAUUGUUGUUUAUUAUCUAUAGAACUUCAUUUCAUUAUCAUAAAAAUUGAA